CUUCAGAACUGCCAGGUGGAGGAGGAGUCAUGGACUGGAGCCGGUGGGAUCCAUUGUCGGGCCGAGCUGCCAGGGCAGAGAAAUAAAGGUCGCUUGCUUUUCGCACAUCUGGGGUAAAUCGUUCCUUUGCCAUCCCCCUUGCGACAUUCUGCCUUUCACAAUGGCUUCCAACAUGGACGAAAAGGUUAGCAAAGAUGUCGGGGUCGAGCACGGCAGCAGCUCCGAGGACCGCAUCCAGACGGCGGCAAUCAUGAACGACGACACGCUGCGCCAGGCCGCCGCCCGGGGGCAGCUUGCGACCGACGCGUACGGCAACCCGGUCCUGCAGUUUGACCCCAAAGCCGUCAGGAAGCUGCGGAUGAAGAUGGAUCUCUACCUGGUGCCGACUGUUGCGCUGCUGUACCUGUUUUGCUUCAUUGAUCGGGCAAACAUUGGUAACGCGCGCAUUGCGGGCUUGGAGAAAGACCUAGGCCUCACCGGAAACGACUACAACAUCAUCCUCUCCGUCUUUUACAUCUCGUACAUCAUCUUUGAGAUUCCAGCCACGGUGCUGUGCAAGUGGAUGGGACCAGGCUGGUUCCUGCCCGCUACAUCGCUCCUCUUCGGAAUCGUUUCCAUCGCCACUGCUUUUGUGCACGACAGAGCGGCCAUCUGCGGCGUUCGCUUCCUUCUCGGCAUCUUUGAGGCUGGCAUGCUUCCCGGCAUCGCGUACUACCUGUCGCGUUGGUACCAGCGCGCGGAGCUCGCGUUCCGAUUGUCGCUAUACAUGGUCAUGGCCCCUCUGGCGGGCGCAUUCGGUGGGCUUUUGGCCAGCGCCAUCCUGACCCUCGACCACUUCGGCAGCAUCCACAGCUGGCGCAUGAUCUUUGCCAUCGAGGGCAUCGUCACCAUCAUCAUCUCCAUCAUUGCUUUCUUCACCCUCACCGACCGGCCCGAGACGGCGCGCUGGAUGACCGAAGAAGAGAAGAUUUUGUGCGAGGCACGAGUCAAGUCGGAGCGCGUCGGCCAGACUGAAGUUCUCGACAAGAUGGACAUGAAGAAGUUGAAGCGCGGCAUGACCAACCCGGUGACGCUCCAGAUUGCCUUUGUCUUCCUGUGCAACAAUGUCACCGUCCAGGGUCUCGCCUUCUUCUUGCCCACCAUCGUGUCGACAAUCUACCCGACCUUUUCGACCGUGCAGAAGCAGCUCUACAGCGUGCCGCCCUAUGUCGUCGGUGCAUUCUUCACUGUGGCAUUCCCCAGCUUGAGUUGGUAUCUCGAUCGCCGGCAGUUCCUGAUUGCCCUGAGCGCCCCCAUGGUCAUGACUGGCUACAUCAUGUUCCUGGCGAGCAAGGUUGCGACGGUCCGGUAUGCGGCGACCUUCUUGAUCGCCAGCUCGGCCAUGGUUUUGGGUCCCAUGUCGAAUGCACACAUCAGUGCCAACGUCGUCAGUGAUACUGCAAGGAGCAGUGCCAUCGGUCUCAACGUCAUGUUUGGCAACGUCGGCGGCCUCAUCUCCACCUGGAGCUUCCUCCCUUGGGACGGGCCCGACUACAAGAUUGGCAACGGGUUGAACCUGGCCACUUCGUCAAUGAUCCUGAUUGUCUCCACGGGUGCCUUGUUCUGGAUGAACUGGGACAACAAGCGACGCGAAAAACUCGACGUUGACAAGGAGCUGUCGGGACUGAGCCAGCAGGAGAUUGAGGAUCUCGACUGGAAGCACCCCAGCUUUAGGUGGCGUCCUUGAGGAAGUUUUCGGCGGGGUUAUAUAUCUCUUGGUUGGGUACCACAGUUGUUGGAUAUCGAAUGGUUCUUUUGUAUAUGGUACGAUUUCCGCAUUUCGGCAUUCAUGUUGGCCUGGUCCCAUACGUACGAUUAGUUGCAGAUAAGACAAGGCUGUCGAUAAGCUCAACUGUGUGCACCAUCCUCGCCAAGCCGCCAAAGUGACC